AAAAAAAAAAAUCCAAAGCAACACAUUUUCAUAUUUUAGAAUAUUUCAUUCAACAAAAAGAACAUUGGACCCACAAAAUCAUUGUUGACUCCUAAGAGUCCCUAACUAGUAUAACCCCUACCACCAAAAGCACAAAGGAAUCACAAUAGAUUGCACCCCCCAUAAAGAAAAUAAAUCUAAUAUGCAUUCUUUCCUUCCUAAGAUUCCCAUUCCCAUUCCCCAUUCCCAUAUAAGAUGGAGUAUCAGUAUUAAGUACCUAGAAAUGCACAAUUUUCGUGCACAUUCAAAUCAAAACUACGAAAAAGUUGUUGGAGUUUGAAUGCCGAAAACCCCAUGAAAACUUGAUCUUCUUCCUAACAAAGUUGAUGCAAACCCAACAACUGUUUACAAGAUUGCUUGCACGAUCUUCUUCCUUUUGCUUUCUUUGAAUCCCUCAAUACAUAAACUACUGUUCGAUUGCUGUAAUUCAAUAAAAAUCUAUUGCUUUCUGGCAACGUUAAGACUUAUUAAACAAAAUCUCUGUUAGAGUUGUACUUUUUCCUGCGGAAAAGGUAUUCUUCCUUACGCGUUCUUCCUUUCUUUCUUUUUAGACUUGUUAUUUCCAUUUCCACCGCCCAUCACCGACUUUUCUCAAAAACUAAACUAAAUAUUUUUUUUUUUGAUUCUUUUGAUGGAUAGAUGAAUCGCCGUCAUUAAUCAUGAUGAAUAAAUUGGUUGAUUUGUCAUUUUUAAAUUUUUUUGAGAAAUAUACAUCACGUCGGUUCACAAAAUUAGAAGAUUAUAAUAAUUUCUGGGUUUUGGGUUUUUGAUUGCUACUUGUGGAAGAGUUCUUUUUGAUUCCAGUGAAGCUACGUGAUUUUUUCUAUACAACAGGUUUUGAGAUUGUGCAGCUGUUUUGUCAUAGAUUUUAAUGGCUGAAGAAACUGGAAAUUCUCUUGUUAGCAAUGAAACAAGCAAAAGUGAUUCGCCAAAUCACGCAGCUGGAAAGCCUAGUGCUUCAAAGAAGGUUCCUCACUAUCUUAGAACGUCAAGUGGCUCUUGCCAUGAUGCUUGCAAGUAUGGGCAUCCUCACGUAUUUAAAGAUAAGCCAAUCCAUCCUCCUAGGAGGAGGAUAUCUUUGCCACUACCGGAGAUUCAGAUAUAUGUUGAUAAAAAGGUUCAGAAAGCCGUUCUAUCGGACAAGCCUAAGGUUCAACCUGCCAAAGAUUCCGCUCCUGAUGAAAACAUUCUAUCUAGGAAAUCCCCUGUUCAUGAUUCAUCAAAACUAGUUAAGCAAGAAGCUAGAUUGUCGACGAAAUCUCAUUCCUCUGAUGCCCCAAAAGUGGUCAAGAAUGUAGUUCAUUCGGCCGGAAAGCCAGAGAUUGCAUCUACUGCUAAAAAAACUGUUUCGUCAAAGCGGAUUCCUUUGAAUCCUAAGGAAAAGAAUGUCUCGGCUGGUCCUUUGAAACCAAUUGAUAGGGUUGUUAAAUCGUCAUCCUCUCUAAACUCUUCCAUGAAAUCAAGUGCCAAGAAGACUAGUGAGACUGAAAUGGGUGAUAAUCCUAGGACUUCUAGAGGUUUUAUCAGGAAGACUACACCUCCCAUGGCUGCCACAUCGCCUCAAAGAACUUCGAAAGUGGAGGUAAAAACGUUUUCGGUUCCUAAAAUAGCUGGUAAAAGUCUAAAUGAUCAUAACCCAAGAAGUAGAACUUUUUCCAAGAAUCAGAUAUUUGGUAGAAAGGCUGAACCGAAGGAGCCUGUAGAGGAGAAGAUCGAGGAGAAAACAUUGCAUGUGAUUGAGACGAAGAAGGAUUUUUUAUCAACGGAUGUUCAGUCUCCUGCCCCUUUGUCACCAGAGUCACUUAAUUCCUCGUCCAGAACUAGCUCCAUCUCUUUUACAUCUCAGGAGCACACGGAUAGUGAAGCUGAUGACUCGAUCUCAAACUACAAUAGCUCUGCCGAUUCAAAAGAAGCGUCUAUUAGCUUAAAUGAGGGGAAGGAGCUGACCCAUAACAAUUCUACUGAUCAAGACCCUGAAUUUUUAAAGCUGAAAUUCAGAAAGGGAAAGGUGGUUGAACCUAAACAUGAAUCCAACAGUCCGAGGAGGCUACGAUUCAGGAAAGGAAGGAGCUUAGGUGAUGGGCAAACUGCUAAUGGUGAGUCCCGAAGGAAGAGCUACAGGAAAAAGGGUACCGACAGUAACAAAAAGGAGGAAGAAACUGGUAUGGUGAAGGUUGUUUUGAAACACCAAGAAAUGGAGAUAAAGAAAGAAGAGAAAGUUCUGCUGAAUAAUGUGAUUGAAGAAACUGCUAUUAAACUUGUCGAAAAGAGGAAGAGUAAAGUAAAGGCCUUGGUUGGCGCUUUUGAAACUGUGAUCUCCCUUCAGGAGUGCAGGCCUGCUGUUGCUGCUGCAGCUGCUGAUAGAUGACAAUUACAAUUUACAACUCUACUUAUUGAUUAGCUGAAACAACAGUUUCAAGUAGGGAGUUCACGGCUUGUAAGCUUUGUUAGUUAAGACUGUAAAUCUAACAUUUUCUUUCUAGCUUUUCUGGGUUCUGUUUGGUAGUGUGAAUGACCGAGAACUGUUGAUUGUUAACUGUUUACUGUUGCUGGAUGAGAAUGAAGUUGUAAAUGAACUGAUUUCUCACAUAAAUAACAAACAGUAUGUUAAUGUUUGCUAAUGACUCUAAUUGAUUCUGUUUGUUGUAGUUAUUCUGAUUCCAUGCAUUAGUUUCUAAAAACAGUUGCAUAAUUUAAACUUGUGAAGCUUAGGAAAUGUUAAGACAACUGCUUAAAAGUUAUUCUCGAUAAUACUCAAGUUGGUAUGAGGUGGGUAUAUGACGUGUAUAGUAUAGAUAUGAAAGUGGGUAUAAGGCGGAUAAGGUAAUGUAUAUGAGUACAAUGAGG